UUUAACUACAAUGACUCUGUUAACAUCAGCUGGUCUCUGCUUAACUCUGCUGUUUGUCUGUGUGGUGGAUUUGGCCUCUUCAGAGCAGACAACCAUCACAGCUGAGUCUGGACAGAACGUCACUCUGACAUGUGGAGCUCCAUCAGACAAAACCAUCAGAGCUGUGAAGUGGAGCAGAGCUGACCUGGGAGAUGAAUAUGUGCUUUUGUACCGAGAUGAGCAGUUUGAUCCAGACGAACAGCAUCCAUCUUUUAAGAACCGGGUGGAUCUGCAGGACAGACAGAUGAAGGAUGGAGACGCGUCUUUGAUUCUGAAGGAUGUGACGACUGCUGAUGGUGGAUCAUACAAGUGUGGUGUCCUUGUGGGAGAAUCAGCAUCAUGGGAGAUCGUGGGAACCGUCAACAUGAGUGUCGCUCCUCCAGGUCACACAAAGGAUGGAUCUAAAGGACAGAUGAAUCAUCUAUCAGGUUCUGGUGUGUUUCUUCUUCUUUUCCUUUUUCUUGUUGUCACUGCUGCUCCUGUUUGUCGUUGGAUUUUCAUCUCCAGAAAAUUAAAAAAGAAAAUAUUUCAGGGGUCAUACUAG